AUGUCGUUCAUUUUUUGUCAGCCUUCCAAUACUCAGUUUCCAGAUGCAAUUUAUGCUGAACCGUCGUUAAUUGCACAUAAAUAUGUUUUAAAAGAAAAUGAAUUCGAUAUUACAAGCACACAUACAAUAAAUAAAAAUUUAACGACUCAAUGGUCUUCUGAAAAUCCAAGAAAACGUAACAUUGAGGAAUUAGAAGCUAAAACUCAAGUUAACA